CUGCGAUGCGUCCGCGGCAAAGGCCUUCGCUGCAUGCGUGCGACCCUCGCUGCGAGGCCACACCCUGCGUCUGGCCUCGCCGCGCCCGGCAGCGCAGCACAUGCCUCCCUCUUGCCCGCCAAACCCCUCGGAGGCCGCCGUCCGCCCGUCCGCGUCCGUCGUCGCAUGCGUCCGGCUGCAGAGGCGCAGCUCGUCCUUGUCUCACUCUGCCCACGCCCGCCGUCCGCUCCUUGCUGGCGGCGACGGCCCACUCCGGCGUGUGUGCCUAGACGAGCAGCUGCCUCCUGCUGCCAGCGCUGCCGCAUUCGCCUCGGUAUCGCUGCAGGGACCCGCCGCUGACGCUGCCCUUGCCCUGGCCCACUCGCCCCUGCUCCCACCCUCCGGUCUCGCUUGCGCCCUCUCGUCGGUUUCGUCUCACCCUCCCAUCUGACACACGCCCGUUGU